CAAUGUUUACGUUUCAAAUUCAAAGGCCGAAGGCGCCGAUUUUGAUCAUCAACAAGAUAAAAUAAAUUUUGUAACUUUAUAUGUAAUUAAUUAUUCAAACAAGAUGUCUGAGGAAGAGAAUUAUACUGAAUUAGAUAUAUCAGACGUUGUAGAAGACACCGAGCAAUACCUCGAAACUGAUUAUCAGUCAACGAAUAUUAUAGGAUCUGAGUUGUCAACAGUGCCAGAUUCCGAAAUUUUCAAUUCCGAAGACCAAGUCGCAGAAAAAAACUUGGUUACGCAUAUUGUAAGUAAACCGGAGGUGUUAAGAAGUACUAAACUUCCGUUGGCAAGGAUAAAGAAUAUAAUGAAAAUGGAUCCGGACGUCAGCAUAGUGAAUGCCGAAGCCGUCUUCUUAGUCACGAAGGCUACGGAACUAUUCCUAGAAACUAUAGCAAAGGAGACCUACACAUACACAGCUCAGCAAAAAAGAAAAACAAUAGCUAAGAAAGAUCUAGAUGUUGUCAUCAAUAAGGUAGACUGCUUGUGCUUUUUGGAAGGUGCUAUGGACUUCUGAAUAUAAUAAUAUUUGAUCUGUGAUUUAGAUCUAGCCUUCAUCUGAGGUUCAUAUUCAUGUUGAUUUCAAUCAAUUUCGAAAAAAAAAAGUUAAAAGUAAUUUUUUUUAUUUAAAGUCAUUACUAAUUUAUUGCAAUGAAUGCUAUGCAACCAAAUACAUAUAUAAAAAGAAAUAGACAAAAUGCCAACCAGUGGCAGCAGAGUAGUCCCAGUCUCUUUGGUCCCAACACAACACAAGAGAUAGUGAUAUUUCCAGUUGCACUGCUAUCAAUUGACAUUUGUCUAUUUCACAUGAUACGUCAUUUGGUCACAUGUUAGGCCCUCUGGAUAAAAUUUACUAAAAAGUGACCAAGUGUGGAAUAAACCCAAGAACAUGAAGAUCUAACCAGCAUAGGGGUACUGUUCAUCCUGAGACUUACAGGAAUGAGGUUGUUGUGGGUGAAACACAUAAGUUAAGUUUCCUAUGUAUUUUAUAUACUUCAACCUAAAUACGAAUAUAAAAAAUUCGGACACUGUCAUAAAUAAUACACAAAAGUAUGAAGGCGUUGUAUGAAUCAUAUUAUUAAUCAUCUUUAUUUAAUAGAGCAUAUUUUAAGUGCCAGAUUUUUGUUUGGAGUUCAUUUGUAUUAUGAGAUAUUAUGGUUAAAAUGAUAACUAUGCAAGUAUUUUUAAAAAUGUUUAUUACUAUAAUGGCAUUUUACAUUUUAAGGAACAAACUUAGUUAUCAAACAUAACAGGGGUAAGCUUAAAAUAAAUAUUUAAAUUUAAAAAAAAUUACAUCUCAUGAUUUC